CUGGCGGACGCGCAACGUACCUUCCAGCGAGUGCAUCAGAAGGCCCUUGAACCCUUCGUGGUUCACGUCGAGUCCGUUGUGCCCAUUCAGAAGCGAAUGGCUGGUAUACUGCCUCCUCGACCAGUAUGUGAUAGACUCGUCGACUUCUACUUUAGUGUAUUGGAGACCAUGUUUCCAAUUGUCCACAAGCCCUCUUUCGGGCGUGAGUACAAAAAGUACUGGGGCGGCAACCUUGAGAACGACGCCUUUCUUCCCCGCCUUCUUUGCAUCCUUUGCUUCGCAUCUCGGUUUUGCACCGGAACCCAGAGCCAUUGCAGCGUCCAUAUCCCCACGGCUUGUGUUCUGGUCCGGGACUGGUUGGAUGGUCUGAGGAAAAGGGAGGUGUUCGAUCCAUACAUUCUGCAGACAGAGCUCUUGCUAUUACUCGCACAGUGGACCAUUGGCGCUCAGAAAGGAGCUGCAUGGGCGCAGCUCAGCUACGUGGUCAGAAUGGCGAUGGAGUUGGGACUGCAUCAGGAUCCUUCAGCCCUGGCCGGGAUUUCAGAAUUCAAUAUGGAGUGCCGGCGCAGGCUGUGGUUCGCAAUCAUGGAAAUGGAUUUCUACGUAUCUCUGGCCCAUAAUUGGACCCCUGUGCUCGGUCACAAAGAUUACUCUUGCAACCCUCCCAGGAACCUGAACAACGCAGACAUACCAGCUGACGCGCGGACCCUGCCGGAAUCGAAGCCGCUCGAUCAGGCGACAGACAACCACUUGCAAGCCUACGCAGCGCAAACAUUUCCCCUUCGUAUGCAAGCAGCAGACCUCCUCGCCAGACUCGACCCAGCCGACGACCAUCGCGAGAUUCUCGAUGUUGGCGCCAAACUGGAGAAGAUGCUUGACGACAUCAAUGAGACCUUUCCUCGUCAUGUCCUUGGAAAAGGGCAUAAACACAGGGAGUGGCGGCGCCGAGUUCUCCUCGAUUUACACCUUCGGCUGCCCCUCAUGGCGCUCUACCGCCCCAUGGUCGUCGGACGCCCCAACUGCUCGCCGGAAAUAUCGUGUGGUUAUCUCAAAUGUUGCAUGACUGUGCUUAAAUAUCUGGACGACGAGCCUAUCGGCGACCAUGUUGGCAGUCCUGACGUCGCCGCUCUGAGUCUUCUUUUCUUGCAGCGCGCACUCACCGAGGCGGCGUGCGACGUUUGCUGGUACAUCAAGCAAGCACGAGAGAUCAACUUUGCCGGUGGGUUGAUGUGGAUUCCGCCCACGGGCUCGAGACGCCGGAAUGCUGAGUCGACUCAGCAAUACGUAUGGUAUGUCAAAAGUUCUUUCUAA